GGAAGUGACUAGGUUUUUUGUUAAUACAGUCACUUGACAUAAUCUGUCCAACAUGUCACAUUUGUGGAGUCUUAUCUGUCAUUAGAAUCGUCUGGGUGUUUCGUGAAGCACUGCUAUCUCAGCAGGUUAGCAGAAAGCUAGCGGGCCGUUGUCAGCCAGGACCCACAAGAGCAGAAUCAUCAUCAAUGGUGUGUCUACAACCAAGAGCCGUCACAUUCUCCUGUGUACGCUCAAUGAACGGUCUCCUCAGCUUUUAUCAUAGCUGCACAUGUAUGGCGUUUGCGAAGCUUGGAGGGGAGUUUUGCCAAGCCCAGCACCUGCUGUUUAUUGUGGACAAGUGAACAGGAGACUCAAGAUUGGGCAAACGCAGCCAUUCACACAAACAGGUCAUUACUGCCAUCCUGUUCAACCCAUAUGAAGACAGACAAGCCAACCUUCAGCCUGUUCACUGUUCAGGGGACGAGAGGAGGCCUCGGUUUAAUCCUAGAAGUUUCCUGAAGCUCCUACCCUCUCUUAGUUUUUCAUUCUUCUUUAAAUCUGAUUCAAACUGGUCUUCUCUUAAUAUUUUGUUUGUUUUCAAAGCAAAUUUAAGUUUUCUUUAUUUGCCAAAACAAACAUAAGAAAUAGUUUCCACACAAGACAAUUCUACAGUCUUUUUUUUGUCACUAAAAUAAUUGAACAUUUACAUACUUACAUUAAAUGUAGCAGAUGAUAAGUUAUAAGGUUUUCUUUAGCAUUUUCAUACAAUCAGUAAUCCCCGAGAUUCAUUGGAGACCUGUCUGUAACUUAAUUCUGUGAAGCACAGUUCUUUUGUGUAGUAUUUUUAUUCCUUUAUUAACAAAAUUCUUUAGGUCUUUAUAAUGAACCGCCCAGCUCCAGUGGAGAUCUGUUAUGACUGUCUGAGGUUCCUCAUUACGCACAAUCCCACUAAUGCACAACUGGGGAGGUUUAUAGAGGAUCUGAAGGCAUAUGGUGUCAACACACUUGUGCGAGUGUGUGCUGCAACAUAUGACAAGACACCUGUGGAACAAGAAGGCAUAAACGUCCUGGAUUGGCCAUUUGACGAUGGUUCUGCCCCUCCAGACCAGGUGGUUGAUGAUUGGUUGAACUUGCUGCAAACAAAGUUUAGAGAUGAGCCUGGCAGCUGCGUGGCUGUGCACUGUGUAGCUGGAUUAGGACGAGCUCCUGUGUUGGUGGCCCUGGCUCUAAUAGAGUGUGGGAUGGAGUAUGAAGAUGCUGUGCACUUCAUAAGACUGAAGCGUCGUGGAGCAUUCAACUCCAAGCAGCUGCUUUACCUGGAAAACUACAAACCUAAACUGUGUCUGCGCUCCAAAGAUGCCAACGGACAGACCUGUUCUAUUCAGUAGCCAUCUACAGCCCCGUGUAUCUUUACCGCAGCUUUUUAUCUUUGAUGUUAAAUGGAGAGAUAAUAUGUUUGGAGAAAUUAUUUUUCUCUAACCUUAAAGUCCUUUUUCAAAUCUUAACAAAACUCUGUAUUUCCACAAUUUCCAAAAACUUUGGUUAAAAUCUUUAACCUCUGAUUUUUUAUUGAAAAAAUAAAUAAAUGUAUAGUUUUUCCUCUCCUGUGUCUUUACCCCACCUUAAUUUGUGGCAAUAAUUCACAAAUAAUAUAUAAUUAUUAUAUCUAGGGACCCCAUAAUUAAACAAUCCAUAAGUUUGACUGAAAUCAAUCUUGUUUGGUGGAAAGUUUAAAACCAUUAUUCCAAAAGGUGCAGCAUAUUAAUGUUGAUGUUUACAAGCUUUCGAGUUGAAACUAUGAAAUUGGGAUCACCAAAAAUUCAAUGUUUUCUUAUAGUUGGCAAGUAAUGUUGACAUUUGACAAGUUCUUGUGAUGUAAAACUGCAGCUUGAUUUUUUUCCUAGUAAGAAAACUACAACUGCUGAAUAAAUUGCAGCUAGUUUGUGCUUUCAGAGGCUCGCUGGUUUAUUGCACAUCAAUCCAAACAGUGGUUGUGACCUAUAUUCUGGUUAUUACUGAUCAGAUUUGGUGUCCUGUAGCUAGAAUGUAGCUCAGAUAAUCAAUGACUCGAACGAGUUGGAAAAUGUACAAUAUUUAAGACAUUAGCUUACAAAAAUGAAAUGCUUCCAAAAAGUUAUGAAAUAUUUUCAAGUUUAAUGCAAAUAUGUCAAAUGCUGUUUUUAACAACUCUGCAAUCUACCAAGCAUACCCCCUUAUUAAAGCCGUAGUUACAUGUUCAGCUUCUCAAAAACAAUGUUGUGCUGGCUAUAAAUAUUUGACACGAGGGCCAACAUGUUUAAAUUCAGUAUUUUAAUGUACUGUAUGUAUAAAUGCAUUAGAAAACAGAGGUAAUGGUGUAGGUUCUCCUGUUAGCUGUCAAAUAAAAUCAUCAAUUGGAAAAUAUGUGGCCCAGUGCUCUAUUUCUGCACUUCAGCAUACGUAGUGCAUAGUGCUAGUAUGGAGCUACUUGGUAUCAAAUGGGCAUAUUUGCCCUAAAUGAACAAAAGAUAAUUUGUUUAAGAAGGUAAUUAAAUAAGUUAAAUUUACAAGGUAGUAGAAAUUAGUUAUUAUCUACAGCCAUGUACCCCGAUCAUCCCUGACCAUUGUCAUACUUCUGGGAACAUCUAUUACUUUUUAUAUUCCCUGUGGAAAAUUACUGUGGGGCCUAGAUGGUUGCCAAUGAUAUCCUAGUGGCCAUAUUUUGUCCAUCUCUGGCUCUUUAUUCAUCUAGCUAGCUGCUUAGCUGCUGUGUUUGUCAGAUGUUGGAGGUCUUUGUGUUAUUCGUUUUCUAUAGAUUUUAUUCUCAUUGCCUGUACCUUUGUCAAUAUGUACUUAUUUAUUUAAUGAUUCCAUUGUUUUUGUGAAAUGUCUGUCUGCUUGAACAAAUCUGUCUGCUGUGAUAAUUAAAGUAUUUCGUUCUCUA